AUGGAGAAACAAUUAGCUUUGUUUCUCCUCCUAUGUUCUUUGUCUUAUCUCGUCUUGGCUUUUGCAGAAAAUAUUACUUUGGAAUCGAAGAAGUAUUGGGAUAUGCGUGAAGAAGAAGCCAAGAAGAGAACCGUGGAAGCCUACCAUCCUCAACCUUUUAAUGUCACAAACCACCUUAACUUUCGUGCUCGAAUAUUACAAAGCAAGUGGCUAGAGAGUGAUGUAGGAACAAACGGCACAAGGAGAGUAUUAGCAAAGAAAUAUAGAAAAGGUUGCAUGUUUGCUAAUCCCAUCGAUGCAUGUUGGAGAUGCCAACCUGACUGGGAGAAGAAGAGGCGGCGGCUAGCGAAGUGCGCAUUGGGGUUCGGAAAAGGCACAACAGGAGGCAAAGCUGGGCGCAAGUACUUGGUGACAGACCCCUCAGAUGAUGAUAUGUUGAACCCUAAACCCGGAACCCUACGCCAUGCAGUCAUUCAGAAUCAACCACUAUGGAUUGUGUUUGGCAAGCCUAUAAUGAGAAUUAAGCUCAAGCAAGAGGUUAUUAUGACUAGCCAUAAGACCAUCGAUGGUAGGGGUUCACAUGUGAUUAUUGAAGGUGGAGCUGGGAUUACUAUACAAUUUGUAGAGAACAUCAUUAUUCAUGGGAUUAAGUUUAGGAACAUAGUCCCUAGACCUGGAGGACUAAUUAGGGAUUCACUUACACAUUUCGGAUUAAGGACUCCGAGUGAUGGGGACGCCAUCUCUAUAUUUGGUUCACAUCAUAUUUGGAUCGAUCAUUGCUCGUUCUCAAGGUGCUAUGAUGGGCUCAUUGAUGUCAUCAAAGGCUCGACCGCCAUUACCAUCUCCAACUGCCAUAUGACUGAUCAUGACAAGGUAUCAUUAGUUACACAAUGGUAG